UGAUCAUGUGGUGGGUCAGCUGACACCAGCAGAACCAGGAAGCGACUUGGAAAGAAUUUUUAUAUGUUAAUAUUUACUCACCGCAUGCAGGCGAUCAUUACUUCAUAUCUGUAAUAUAAGUAGCGUUAGAGUCUCGCGGUGUGAAGAUCAGCCAGAGGCAUGUUUGCAACAGACGACGAGGACGGAGACUUUUUGUCUCCCACUGGAGGAGCAAAGUUAGCGUCUCUCUUUGGACUGGAUCAGACGGCAAGCAAGGGAAAUGAGUCUUUCCAGUACACGGCUCCCAAACAGCCCCGCAAGAGCUCGGCCAACUCCGGACCCCCAAACCAGAAGUCAGCCCCUUCCCAGAAUCCUCCUGCUGUUCUCUUUGCUACUGCAGUACAUGCCUACAGAUAUGUUAACGGACAGUAUGUGAAGCAAGGCAAGCUGGGAGCUGCGGUCCUUGGAAAUCACACAACUAAAGAGCACAAGAUCCUGCUGUAUGUCAGUCAACAGAAACCGGUGACGGCCGCCAGGAUCCACAGAGGCUUCGUCCUCACUGUCCAGCCCAGUAACUACUGCACGUUUUAUGAUGACCAGAGACAGAAUUGGUCACUGAUGUUUGAAUCGGAGAAAGCAGCCACAGACUUCUCUAAAGAGGUUUGUCUCGCUAAAGUGAACUGUGGCGGCCCGCUAGACUCUGUCCUGACCCAGGAUCUUCUUCUCGGCGAGGGCCAGGCUGUGGAGAACGGAGACUCAUUGGAAGUGGCCUACACCGGCUGGCUGCUGCAAAACCACACCAUCGGACAGAUGUUUGACUCGAAUCUGAAUAAAGACAAACUGCUGAGACUGAAGCUCGGGGCUGGGAAGGUCGUUAAGGGCUGGGAGGAGGGCAUGUUGAGCAUGCGGAAAGGUGGAAGCCGACUCAUGGUGAUUCCUCCCGGUCUCGCGUACGGAUCGCAGGGCGUUCCCAACCGCGUGCCACCGGAUAGCACGCUAGUCUUCGAAGCGGAGAUCCGUCGGGUUAAGUUUGCAAAGGAUGUAAACUCAAGAGAUUCGGCGUCUCCUGCUCCCAGUGUUGAGAGUCUGGGCUCCUCUGAGCCGAACCAGUCCCUCGGUUCUGCUCCACAAACCAGCAAACCCAGUGAACCGCCUCUUCGAGCAAAAUCAAACUCCCUCAGUGAACAGCUGAGUAAUCCUGAUGCCACUAAAGCUAAACUGAUCUCACGCAUGGCCAAGAUGGGCCAGCCGAUGCUGCCCUUCAUCGCGGGCUCAUCCUCCUCUCCCUCACAGCCGGACUCCAGCGACUCCGAACUCGAGGACCCGAGUGUGUCGAGACGCAGGGAUCGCAACAGUGCUCCGUCACCACAGCCCGUGCACAUCACCUCCGCCCCCCCGCCGUCAGUGCAGGCUACGGCCCUUUUACCCGUUACGAUGGCAACAGCCAAUCCUCAGCCCAUGAUGCCGGGAGUCGUGCAUGCCUUUCAGCCUGUGAGCCAGAUGUACCCCACGCAGACCGUGCCUUACCAAGGAACUAGUGAUGUCACAUCCUUCUUGAUGACAGAGGCUCGACAACACAACACUGAAAUCCGAUUGGCUGUUGGAAAAGUGGCAGACAAAAUGGACCACUUGUCCUCAAAGAUCGAUGACCUACAAAAGCAAGGCAGCGUUUCGUUGGGCUUAUCGAACGUGUCGAUGGAAACGGCCAUGAUCAUGCACAACAUUCAGAGAAUCAUACAGGAGAAUGAGUGUCUGAAGAAAGAGGUGUUUGAGAAAAGCUCACGCAUAGAGGAACAGAACCGCAAGAUCAGCGAGCUCAUCAAUCAGAACCAGAGAUACGUGGAGCAGAGUAACCUGAUGAUGGAGCAGAGAACCGACUCUCUGAAGAACAGCAGUGAACAGAAUCAGACCAGAAUACUGCAGGCAGAACAAGACAAGCAUGCACUGCCACUGGAAUUGAGUUGGGAUCAGGCGCGCUUAAGCGAGGAGUUGGCGUCCUCCACGGCGCGCGUGUCUGAGCUUCAGCUGGACUUGAGCUCGCAGCAGCAGAAGAUCACGGCUCUGCAGACCAAACUCAGCGCCGCCCUGCUGGACGCUCAGCAGCACAACACACACAUCGCAGCGCUGGAGGCUCAGAUGCUGGAGCUGAGGGAGACAGCAGACAGAGUGCAGGGUCAAUACAAGAUGGAGAAGCAGAAACGUAAGGAACUGGAGCUCAAACUCAACAACACAGAGGAAGAGCUGCAGGACAUGAGGACGGAGAAGGACAGUCUGGAACGAACUCUGUCAGAGAGGAAGCGUAAGUGGCAGGCCGAGAGACAGCGCUGUGAUGAAGAGCUGGAAGAGGUGAGGAGGACGAGCCAGCAGGAGAUGGACAGUCUCAGGAGCCAGUUACGCAAAGCCAGAACGAGCACUGACCACGCAGCAGCAGAACAGCUGUCUCAGUUGCAGGCGGAUCUGGAGCAGGAGUGGCAGGUGAAGUGUGAUCAGACUCUGGCAGCGGCACGAGAACAGCAGAGGAGAGAGACGACUGAACUCACUGAACACAGAGACACACUUCAGCUCAAACUCACACAACUGCAGGAGAAGUUCAACACACUCCGCCAGUCGCGUGACUCAGAGGAGCAGCGUUCGCUACAGCAGGACCGGGACCAGGGAGAAGAGCUGCAGGCCUGGAGACAGAAGUGCUGCGCGCUGGAGGAGAGAGUGGCGCUGAUGAAGAUGCAGGAGGAGACGCGCGUGUCAGAGAUGGAGAAGAAGACCGACACUGCAGGAGAGGUGAAGCGUGUGAUGAACGGAGUGUUUCAGUCUCUGCGAGGGGAGUUUGACCUGAACGAGACGUACGAAGGAAGUGCAGUUCUCCGAGUGCUGGUCAACACCAUCAAGAGUGUCACACUGCAGCUCCUCACUAAGAGCGAGAGAUCGACACCUGAGCACAGUGAGGAGGAGGAGGAGAGAGAGAGCGAUGCGCGGCAUGUGAACGGGCGGAGAGAGGAAGAUAAGCAGACAGACGGAGAUCCUGAAGAUGGAGUGGAGGAGGAAGAAAAGGAAAGAAAAGAAAAAGAACAGGUUUCAGGAACAGAAGACGAAGCGGUGGAAAUCGAAAGUGAACAGGAAGUUGUCGAAGAAAGGAAUGAAGAGAAAGUUGUGAGAGUGGAAGUUAAUCUCAGCAACGCAGAACACAAUGUGCAAGAUCAGGACGGGGAAACCACACACGGAGAAGAGGCUGAACGUGACGCCACGCCCACACAGGAAGUGACCACAGAGCUGCUUGAUGACAUCACUCCACAGGAAGUGACCACAGAGCUGCCUGAUGACAUCACUCCACAGGAACAGGAAGUUAAGGUAGUUGAUGAGAGCGUCCCAGGACUGACGCUCGGCGGGCCGCCCAAGAACCCGCCGCCGCCCCCUGGUGUUGUUCACGUCACUCCUGCACACAUCACCAGGAGAAUCGCCAGUAGUAAUGCUCUGUGUUCUCUUGUGUCUUAUCGCACGCGACUGAUAAUAUUUUUGUCCCUUUCUUUCCGUCUCUCGUCUCUUCUGUGCUCAUCCUGCUGUUCUCUCAGUCCGUCUGUAGAAGAGGAAAACGAAGAGGAACCAUUGUUCCAGAGUCCCGUCACACACACACCCACACCGGCAGCGGCCGAUGAAGAGGAGGAGGAGCUGAGUUUGAAAGGACGUCCCCCUCCCACGCCUCUGUUUGGUGAUGAAAGUGAGGAUGAUGAUGACCUGGACUGGCUGGGCUGAUGGGACUCCUGAACACCAGUGUGUGAAGUCAGAUGAGGUCCAGCAAAGAGGCCAAACGGACUCUGUGUGUGUGUGUGUGUGUGCCGGAUCGCCGGGACUUUAAUUUGUGGGUUUGGAUGCUUCUAGAAGGAUUUUGUGAUCAAAGAACAGAGUAACUUCCUGUCCAAAAGCAUUUGAAUGAAGAUCUUUAUGGCGGUAUGAACUGAGUGCUGCUUACAAAACUGAUUUACUGCACAUGCAGCAAAAAGAAAAUCAUCGUUAAAUCUACAAAUACUGUAAAUCAUAAUUGUUUUGUUUUUUAAAUCUUAAUUUAUGAUUGUGUUUCCAUCUUUAAAACGGAGCUUUCAUGUUUAUUUCUGAUGACGUUAUCUUGCUGUCUCUGUUCUUAAUAUUUAUACAUUGUACUAACAGCAACCGAUUCCAUAUUAAUAAAGAAAAGAGACUGUCACUGUU